UGGAGAUAAAGCAUUGAAUCACAGGCAUCAGUGCAUCUGUCCCAGCAACCACAACAGCACAGUCAGACAUGGCAAACAGACGGACGGGAGGAACAAACACACAGACAGGUAUCCACCACGACAAGCAACCCUGGCAGGUGCAGCAAUGAGAGGGCUUAGAAAGAGAGAGAGGGGGUAAAAAAAAAAAAAUUGUUUUUUUUUUUUAUAUGGCCUCAUUGAAGACUCUCCAAUGGCAACCAGUAAAAGCUUGCAGAAUUUGGACUUUAUUAACCCUGCGUCCUUUAAGUUAUGUUUGUGCUGUUUUUGUUUAUUCCCAUUUGGUUCAUUCAAGUCUGAGAAACUGUUAAGUGCAAAUUACUCUCUGGUCUCCAAGUGUGUGUGUGUGUUUUCCUUUUUUUUGCGUUAGAACAAUUUUCAUCUUAGUAAAUUAUUGCUCUGUAGUGACUUUAUUCCUUGAAGGUCCAUUAAUCCAAAUGAAGAGAUUGCUAUCAAGCCGACUAACUCUGUACUCAGCGAUCAGUUAAUUGUAAAUAUAUCAGUUUAGACCGUGAUAAUUGUGGGUUUUAUUUUGGCCUUGCUCUUGAGAGGGAUUUUAAUAUUGCAUUAUUUAUGUGGUUAUGUAUCAAAAAUGUAAAAGUUUAAACUCAAAUUACUACUUUUUAAAACCAAUAAAGUUUUGUCCUUAAUCAUCUCAGUUUUCAAUGUACGUCGCCUUUAAAUAACUUUAUCCUUUUUAAAUAAGUAUAGCUUUCAAUUGUGAUAAAAAAUUUAAUUAAAAGAUUCAUGAAAUCAGAAAAAUAUAGGUAUCCGAUAUUGAACAUUAAACUUUAUGGAUAUAGGUUUGAUGCAUUUAAUUUGUUUUAUAUUCUGCUGCUGAAUAACCUGGAAGCCAGUCGUCAGUAAUGCGAUUUUUGGACAUCAUUAAAGAUAUAAUGACUCGCAUUUUCUACCUUCUGUAAGAAUGAUCUAAAGUCACACUAUCUUCUCACUUUCACUACCAUUUGCUUUUCUUUGACUAAAAUGUGGUGCUUUUUGUCCUGGAAGCAUAUAGUGUCAGCAUUCUUCCUCUGGCACUCCAUUUUGUAAUUAAUAAACCUGAAUCUGGGUCAUUUUGCAAUUCCUGGUCUCCCUGUUUCUUUUUUUUUUUGACAUGCAAAACACUGGGAUUUUUGUAUGAAGUGACUCUUGAUAAUGUCCAUCAAAUUUCAGGGUUUCAGAUACCAGGGCCCUGCUCUUUCUAACAUCUUGUUGUGAGACCACAAACAAACUGGAAUCUUCCACAUAUGCAGAUUUGCACAGAGACUUUGUAGAUUAUUGACAUCCCUAGCAAAACAUGUGUUAUAAAUACAUGCAUAUUUUAUUACAAGACUAUAAUCUCAAACAGUUACACAAAAAGCGUCUUUGGAGAAAUUUUAAUGUCAUAUAUUAUGUCCUCAUUUUUUGUGGGGUUUCUGGUCCUCAUCUAGUGUCUCAAUUCCAGUUCUAAACUUUAUAAUUCUUCCUUUAGGUUAGUUUAGUGAUGCAUCUAUGUUCUUGAUGGCAUUUCCUUAUCAACUCAGCAAAUAUUUGUUUCUGCAUUUAUUACACCCUGGGCGAACUCCUGUUUUAGCUCCUCGUCCCAUAAAUCAGAUACAACAUCAGCAUCAUAUCCAUUACAUAUCCUUACACUGUGCACCGAACUGGGAGAAGCCCAUUUCCUAUUGGACAAACAUACAAAAAGCAAUAGAAAAUUAACUAAAUUUUAACCUUUUAUUUUUGCACUAUAUCAAAAUUUGCUACAACAAAAAAUAAAGUGAGAUUCCUACUGCAAUUAAAAAAUAUGUGUAUUUUAAAGCAGACAAUGUGAUAGACGCAUAUUAAUUUUACACUGAAGAAUUAUAAUUAAUUCUUCAGUUCUUCAAUUAUAAUUGCUUUGUUAAUAUUAAGCUUUUUUUUGCUUGAUUUCAAGUCCUUUUCAUGGGACUCAUAUUAGAAACCCUUGGAAAUUUGCAAGUCAAUAGGAUUUGUGCUAGAACUGGCCAUAUAAUAUACUAAAAAAGAGCAAUAGGGAAAAUUAAAUGCAAGAAAAAAAAGAUCUAUGGCAGCUAAAAGCAGCUACAGCAAGACACAGAUCGAGCCUGAACACAGGUAAAAGCACAAACAAUGUAACAAUCAAAAACUAGGCCUAAAAGCAGUGAAAAUGCAGAAUUGUAAGAAAAUAUGUGAUCGUAGAUGAAGAAUAGCAUAAGAAUCUCCCUACCUUGCUGGUCACAACAAUCACAUCACAACAAUAAAAAUAAAGCUACCUUCUACCUUCCAGCUUUGCAUAAGCCUUAUAGUAAUAGACCUUCAUCUGAUUUACAGAACACAACUAAAAUCUUCACAUUAAUGUAAAAAAUAAAAGCUUAUUAUGAGGCUACAAAAAAAAAAAAACAAGAAAAAGAAGAACAAAACAUUUUGGUGCAGAAGAUAGAACCAUCAGUAAGCCUUAGGCAAAGACAGUUUGCAAAUAGAUAUGAGUGCGCUGGAGGAGGGACAGGUAGAUGUGUGGGGAAGUGAGGAGAAUAUGAGAAAUGUGAGUGCAAAAGCAGAUUUGUAUUUUUUUUUUUUUUAUAGUUAGACUGUCAAACAUUUCCACAAUGACGUCUGGUCUGUCCAUAGCUGCAACACCCCCCCCUUUACUAAUGAGAGACCACCAUGUGAAGAUGGAAAAAAAGGUUUAUAUGAGUAUGAAGGAUGCAAAAAUGAUUACAAGUACUCAAAUACACAAACACAAAACAACAGCCUGGAUAUAUACUGUAUGUUUAUUAAGCCCCCGCCCCCCCAAAAAAGUGAAUACAAUUUUUGCCGCUGAGAGGCAUGUGCAUAUUUAUGUGUACAUCUAAAGAUCUGAGUUGCAGAAUCUUGAUUCUUUAACUAACAGCGUUAUGCUAAUAAUGGAGAUGUGUCAGAAAGAUCAAUGUGGCAGGGAGCAAGUGGCAGCAAUGACUACAGACACGGAGCAGCGAGUGCACCCAAGCUCGCAAGACAUGUGGCUCAGAGCGGGUGAGCAGCAGCUGAGGGAGGGGGGUCGAUAAGCUCGAUGAUCAGCUGGCAAAGACGGAUUUUAGUGAAAGGAUGGGAUGCAACUGCUGUGGUGCUGACAUCAGCAGAAAACAGAGAAGCUGUCAGAGAAAUUAUGCAAAAGAAGGAGAGUUUUUUUUAAAAUAUUCACUGUGGGAAGAAAGAGGAAAGGUGUUUUAGUUAGCUUUGGUUGCCUCUGCCCCCUGGGAUCAAGCAGAGGACUAAAUGCUAAAAAGGGGGCAUGGAGUCAGAUUGGGAGAGGGCCUGGCAAAAUGACCCAAUGAUAAUGCAAAAAAAGUUCCAGUCUGGAGAGAGGAGGAAUGAGUAUAGGUGUAGUAGUGAUGCUUUUUACCUCCCACAUCACUCCUCUGUUAAUUCCAGUUCUUACAGUGCAGUGAAACAGUCUUUGCCCAAUUACAGAUUUCUUCUCUUUUCACUUUGUUUUCCCCUCACACUUAAAUGUUUCAGAUAAUCAAUCAAAUGUUAAUAUUGAUUAAAGAAAAACAAUUUCCAAAGCUAUCUGAACCAGUCUGGCCAUCAGUGAAAAAGUAAUUACCCCAGAAAUCUAAUAGUCUCUUUAAGGUCUUAGCACACUGUUCAAACUGGAUUUAAUUACAGACUAACUAGGCUUUAUACUGUUUUAUUUACAUUUUUAAUGGAGUUGGUGGUGUGCAGUGGGUCCAGUAGGACGGGUUUUGAUGUUCUUCACAUGGUUUUGAAUCAGUUAUGCAAAGUAACUAUCUGAAGUAGGAGUAACUCACAAAUCCAGAGACUUGAAGAUGGGAAAAAGUUAGUGCAAGCUCUCAGACAAGAUAGUGACACACAAUCAGAUCCUUGAGCUUUCCUGAUUAUCUGGUGCUAGAAGAGCUUAUAUUUACAUCUGUCUCAGAGAUCUUUCGUCCAGGCAGGGGGUUCUGAGGAGAGUAAGGUAGGUGGUCCAAGUUGAGAUUUUGUGUCAGGGUGAAAUGUGGAGGAGUAUGAGGGAUGCAUGACUUUUCAAACCUACGAUAGAAGCUGCUAUGGCUGUAUGCCAGGGUUCCGCUCCGGAUGGGGGGAUGGGCUUCUUUAGUUGGUCUUAAAGUAAUCCCAUCAGAGUUCAGUGAACUGCGGGUGUAUAAGCUAAAGUAUGAGGAUAAGCACCGCACAAACCCACAAGGUUACAAGCCAGAGGAAGAUCAAGCAGCUCAGAUCGUCUUUCCAAGAUCAGGAUGGCAGAAGAUUGGGGAAAACAGGUGCUUGCUCCCUGGAAGAACAAUGAAGAAACUACAAGGGGCUCUGCUUUCACAUACACAAACAGCAAUCAUACAAAAGAUCCUUUUGAAGGACCGAACUACCACAUCGCUCCUCGAUGGGUUUACAAUAUAACAACAGUUUGGAUGUGUUUUGUGGUCGUCUUAUCAGUCUUCACAAAUGGCCUGGUCUUGGCAGCCACAGCAAAGUUCAAGAAACUCCGUCAUCCCCUCAACUGGAUCUUAGUCAACCUUGCCAUUGCAGAUCUUGGAGAGACGGUUUUUGCCAGCACCAUAAGCGUGUGCAACCAGUUUUUUGGAUACUUUAUUUUGGGACAUCCAAUGUGCGUCUUUGAAGGCUACAUUGUCUCAACUUGUGGUAUUGCUGCUCUUUGGUCUCUGACUGUCAUCUCUUGGGAGAGAUGGAUUGUUGUAUGCAAACCUUUUGGAAAUGCCAAGUUUGAUGCCAAAUGGGCCACAGCUGGGAUCAUGUUCUCCUGGGUCUGGUCGGCAGUGUGGUGUGCUCCUCCUGUCUUUGGAUGGAGCAGGUACUGGCCUCAUGGAUUGAAAACUUCCUGUGGACCCGAUGUGUUCAGUGGAAGUGAGGACGCUGGUGUCAAGUCCUACAUGAUUGUCCUCAUGAUUACAUGCUGCAUCAUUCCUCUGGCUGUCAUCAUCUUGUGCUACCUGGCAGUGUGGUUGGCCAUUCGUGACAUUGCUAUGCAGCAGAAGGAAUGCGAGUCAACCCAGAAUGCCCAGAAGGAAGUAUCUAGGAUGGUUAUUGUCAUGAUCUUGGCUUAUUGUAUAUGUUGGGGACCUUACACCUUUUUUGCUUGCUUUGCUGCAGCCAACCCCGGGUAUGCCUUCCACCCUUUAGCCGCUGCCAUGCCUGCAUACUUUGCCAAGAGUGCCACCAUCUAUAACCCGGUCAUCUAUGUCUUCAUGAACCGGCAGUUCCGCACAUGCAUCAUGCAGCUCUUUGGGAAAGAGGUGGAUGACAGCUCUGAAGCGUCUACAUCAAAGACAGAGGUCUCCUCUGUAGCUCCUGAAUAAACCUUUAUAUCCUCUGUUAUUGUUUUUUUUGUUGUUUUUUAUCAUUUAAACUGUAUGUAAAAUAUAAUUUGUUUGUUUUACGUUAAAAGCUUAAAAGUGAAGGUUUUGUGUGUCAAUGCAUGAAAUGAACUUUCAUUAUUUUAAGAACUCAUGGAUGUGUCAGUGCAAUAAUUUUGGUAAGUCAACUAUUCACCAAUACUCUCUGUCGUCUGUAUUUGUGACUAGCAGCUCUUAAUGUGGUUCACUGCAGCCCUACAGCCUUAGAAAUGGUUUUGUAACCAUUUUGAUGGCACCUUUUGGGUGUCAUUGACUACUUUGCUUCUCAUCUGUUCUUGAAUUUAUUCUAGAUCUGUGCUUCUUAAGAAUUACUUUGCCUGCUAUGUGUUGCCAGACAGGUUCUAUCUGAGUAAUUUAUUUAAAUUAUUGGUAUUACAGUAAUCUGACCUGGGUGUGUUUGGAUUUCAAUGUGGUCUUAUUUGUCCAACAUCAAAUUUCAUUCAAUGAGCUGAAACAUUCAAAUGUGACAAUACAUCAACACAGAAGAAAUCUGUAAGGUGGAAAAUAAUAGCACAAAAUAUCUCAUGUCUUUGGCACAAAAAUACCCCCUACUCAAACAAAACAGCAUCAGGCAAUAAUCAAGCCUUACAAAAGAUCAGACGGACGAUGAAUGAAAAAGAAUGAGUGCUUGUGCAGAUCUGGAGAAAGAGGCAAUGAUUCAGAGAACUGUUGUUGAUCAGAAUAGGUGGUAGCACAAAUGUGGACUUUACAACUCAGUAAUAACUAAAUUAGAUGUUGCUAUGUGUCUCACCACAGUACAUAUUCCAUUUACAGCUGAAUAAAAUUAUUGGGGUAGCAAGUUUUAGAUGUUUUUGCUCCAAAACUUUAAUCAAAUCAAUAUGUAAUCUUUGACAACACAUUUAUCUAGCUAUUUAUCACCAGCCUUUGUACUUAGGCCAUAUUACCACUUUGUAAAACAAUUUAGUUAUCCUAAAUUUGACCAGAUUGGCAAAUUCAUAGUUAAUUCUAAGGAGUUGAAAACAGUACAGUUAAAUUACAGUUAUAUGCAAUUACAUAAUGAGGAAAUUUAAAACAAUAGAAUUUAAAGUAUUGUAUUAAUAUUUUAUGUGAUAGACCAACACAAGAAUUGUGAAGUGGAAAAAAAUAUGUUUUGUUUUUUUGUUUCCUUUCUUUAAACUUGAAAAGUGUGGUGUGAAUGUGUAUUUAACCCCCUGGACUGUGCUGGCCCUAAAUAAAACCUUUUGCCCCCAAUUGCCUUUGGAAGUUAUUGAAAUAGAAAAUAGAGUCUACCUGCAUGUAAUUUAAUAAUAGUAUAAAUGCAAGUCUUUUACAAAGGCCUCAGAGGUCAGCUAGAGGAAAUUAGUGAACAAAAACAGAAAGAUGAAGCUGCAAAACUACCAACAUGACUGUCCACUUAAACUGACAGGCAGGCUAAGAACAUCUUUAAUCAGAGAAGCACUCAUUGAUCCGUUGACGCUGGAGCAGUACUAUCCUGGCAAAAAUGGAUGGAAAUAAAUACAGGGCCCUAAUGCAAGCAAAUAUGUUACGGUACUGUGAAACACUUAAUGCUGUGGUAGAGAUGUACUUUACAGUACAACUCUGAUGCUAAACAUAUAGACAGAGUUGCAAUGGAAUCAUUUAGAUAAAAUAAAUCCAAAUGAAAAUCUUUGGCAAGCCUUAGCAAUUGCUGUUUCUGAUGCUCUCUAUUUGAUUUCAGUGAGAUUUUACAGACAAGCAAAAUUAUACUUUGUGGAGGUCUAUCACAUAUAAUCUCACAGUUAAUGCUUUUACAAUGUGAUCUAGGCCUCAUUUGAGUGUAUUUAAUGAUUUUGUUUUAUCACUGGAGACUGUGAAAUUAAUAAAAUGCUCCAGAGAAACAUGGUAAACCGAACUGAAGCCCAGUGGGAUUAAAAAGCCCCUUUCUCUUACUGCCUCUCUGCCUGUGUGUGUGAGUGGCAAUGCAUGUCACUUGUGUUAGGUGGUCAGGUGCUCUGUGGGAAGCCUGCAUGCCAGUAAAUAAGUUGCUAGAAGGUUAGCGG